UCUUAAUAAUACUUUUAUAUAUAUAAGACAAUUUGAAAUAUUUAAUAAUAAGAUUGUUAUUUGAAAACAGACAUAGUAUGCCAUCUUGAAUAUACCUAGUCUUAUCUUACGAAACUGAAGAUGUUUUCAAUCGAUAAUACAGAUAGCUUUACACGAAGAAAACAUUCCGAAGUUUGUGUGAAGCGUUUGUUUAAUAGUUAUUUAUUAUAUUAUUUGUUUAUAUUUAAAAUGAAUGCAGAAGGUUAUGAAUUUUUGGACGAAGAUAAGAAUCAAGAUGAAAUUCGUACGGAAUUGUCACAUAUGAGUUUCGAAGAUUUACAAAAAUUAAAAGAAAAACUUGGUACAAAGGUAUACAAUGAAACUGUAUUUGGUAGUCGAAAGAAAAAGGAAGUAAUUUUCAAAAGAGAAAACAAAAAUAGACCACGAGAAAUGUCUACGAAGAAACAAGUGCCAAGGUUUAGAGAAAUAAUUCAGGUUAAGAAGCAUAUACCUAGAGAUCCACGUUUUGAUAGUUUAUGUGGUGACUUUAAUGAAAAAGCAUUUAGAAACGCAUACAGUUUUAUUAACGAUAUAAAGAAGGAGAACUUAGUUACUUUAAAAAGCGAGUUACAAAAGACAGAUGAUCCGAAAGAGAUAAAAAAAAUCAAAUAUCUUAUUCAACGAUUGGAGAAUCAAUUGAGAGAGCAAAAGAGAAAGAACAUGAAAGAAGAGAAGCAGAUCGAAGAGAAGAAGUUAAUAGUAAAGGCUAUCAAAUCUGGACAGAAACCUUCUUUCAAAAAGAAAUCGGAGAAGAAAGUUCUCGAUCUAAUAUCUCAAUACGAGGAAUUAAAAAAUUCAGGGAAAUUGAAGACACACAUCAAAAGGUUGCGCAAGAAAGCUUUACACAAAUCCAGACCACAAAUGGAACAAGCAAGUUGGACAAAUACGAAAGUAGAGUAAUAAACUCGAAGAUAUUUUUAUAACAUAUAUAUAUAUAUAUAUACAUAUAUGUAUAUGUAUAUAAACCUUAGGUAGAAUAAUAAACAUAUUUACUGUUAAUCAAACGAUACUCAUGUCUACUUUAUUUUCAAGAAUAUCUUAUCCAAUAUCCGAAUGAUAUUCUAUCAUCUAAAUGGUAAGUUCCAAAGAGAAAAACGCUUAUUAAUUAUGUAUUUUUUAUUUAACAUCAAAAGUAAUGACACUUGGGUUGGACAAUGUCUCUCGCUUCAUCCUUAAUGUAUUUCAUGUGUGAAAACGGAACUUAUAGAAUAAUCAAUAUGAAAGGAAUCAUCAAUUAGAAGAGAUAUUUGAUCGAUAGAGCAGUGUAUCUCUGUAAUUCUAUUCUCGUAGGUGUGUAUCGUUUAUCUGUCCCCUAUGUAUUAUGUAUUAUUUUUUCUCUUUGUGUGUGUUACAUGUGAAUGUGUGUGUAUAUAUAUAUAUGUAUGCAUGUACGUAUGUAUAAUAUGUGUCCAU